AAAACUAAAUAAAAAAAUUUUUUAGAUGCAUUUUGAUGCUUCGAUAUGCUUGGAUGUUACAAGAUUCUAAUAUGAUAAAUGUUAAUAUAUUUGGUUUAUUAACAAAUGUGAUUUAUAUGAUAGUCUAUUACUAUUAUACAUCAAAUAUGAAAGAAGCUUUUAAAUUAACAUUUAAAGUGACAAUCCUUGUUAUAAUUGUUCUUGUCUAUGCAGAAGUAGAACAUCCAAGAAAUGUUGAAUUCAGAUUCGGCAUUGUAGUUACAAUACUUCUUCUCCUUUUAAUUGCAGCUCCUCUUAUACAUCUGAAACAGAUUAUAAAAACAAAGAAUACAGAAAUUCUUCCAUUCCCGCUUAUUUUUAUGGGUACACUAGUUUCAUUUCAGUGGUUACUAUAUGGUCUUAUCAUCGACAAUGUUUUUAUUAUUUUUCAGAAUGCAGUUGGUUUUAUACUUGGCAUAGCUCAACUAUCUCUUUUUGUGAUAUUCCCAUCCAAGAAAUCACAGAUUAAAUUGUUAAGUAAACAGAAAAAGAAAGCUUAAGAAAAUAUUUUAAAAGCAUAAUAUUAAAAUUUUUAAAUAUCAUAAUAUUUUUAUCUAAAAUUUUUUCCUUAUGAUUAUAAAAUAGCAUUUUAUUAUCAUAUAGUAUUUUAAUAUCAUUUUCAAUAAUUAAGAGAUUAUUCUGGUCUAUGCUUGCAAAAUUUUGUAAUUGUUUAAAUAAUUAAUAGAAAAAUAAAUAGACAUAGAUAUGAUUGAAAACUCAUUUGCCUUUAUUAUUUCAACUUUUGAGAAAAAAAACAACUAUUAUAAUACAGAAAUGUACGCCAUUUCAGUCCUUUUUUAAUCAAACCCGUGCGUAUCGAAAAAUGCGAAUUGCCUCGGCGGCGGAAUGAAUAUAUUUUCGUAGAUUCAACGGAUUUGAAAAAUUCAAAUAGAUUCUUAAUUUGCACGUCAAUGGCUAUCGCAGGAAUUAAAAUUAAUCACUUUUCUGCAAAAUUGACGAAAUAGUGGAUGUUUUAACGAAAAAUAGUUUUGUUAAAUUUUUUAUUUUUUAAAAAUUUCUUUUCUUUUUUCGGGGUUUUCUAAAUAAAAAGUAGGUUAAAAUGAAUCAAUCAACUCGAUUCUAGUUCUGGCGAUAGCCAAAGAUAUAUUGAAGUAAGCAGUUAAAAUUUUAAAUCAAUCAGAUGCAUAGUUUCAGAGAUUUUUAUUCCGCCAGGUCGGAAAACACUGAGUAAAAAGCACUUAAGUUUCGGUAAACAUUUUUAUACAUUAUUUGUCUAUAUUUAUUUGUCUCUUAAUCAGCAAUUUCAGCUCCAUACAGGAUAUCUUCGACCUCUUCAAAAACUUAUAAAAACUGAUUAUUAUGAGUACAAUAAAUAGAGAUGAAUCCGAUUGCUGUUUUUUACAAAAAUCAACUUUUGCACUCCUGUGUAAAAAUAGCUGUAAAAUUCAAAAUACUUGAAAUUUGUUUAUGAAAAUUGAACUACAUUUUUUUGGGAUAGUGUAUUUUCAGAAAAUAUAAUAAAAAAAUUUUGAUUUUUAGACCAGAAUGACCCCUUAAGAUGAAUAUUCUAAUAUUAAAAGACAGUAUUAAGCAUUUUAUAUAUUUAGUAUAUAUUAUUUAAUUUACACGUUGUAACUGAAUAUUUUAUAAUUAAUUAUAUAUAAUGUAUGAAAUAGUUGUAUCAUCUAGUAUAAUGUAUGAAUGAUAUUAAAAAUUAACAAAAGUGA